AUGGUAUUGGUGUCAAAGACAAGCAGCGUUGCAUCCGACCUGAACAAGUCGUUAAAGAUCAAGACUGAUUCACUCAAGAGACUCGAGAAGGACUAUAUCUACUAUCAAAAAGAGUUGGAGGAGCAGAAGAAUAGAGUCGAACUAUGUAAGAAGGAUCCAACAAAGGAUGAAUACGAUCUAAAGAAACAAGUAGAGAUAUUGGAUGAGAACAAUGCAAUGAUAGUAGACACUGUCAAACGAUUGACAGACUCUUUAACAGUACUAGCUGAGUUCCUUGAGGAACAAGCUGAGAAGAAAGACUCUCUGGAUCAAUAUAAUGAGGCGAUGGAGUUGAUGGAGAGAUUGUACCAACAGUUUAUCAAUGAAUGA